AUGGGAGGGCGUAGCCGUGGGAAAGUACUCGGGCCAGGGGUAGCUGUUCGAGCAAUAGCGAACGCACUCGGAAUAGAAAGGAAUGACAUCGUUGCUUAUAUGAAACAACGGGUUAUCGUCGACCCGCCCGAUUAUCCGCGGGCACUUAUUCCUCUCGAAUUAUCCAAUGAAUUGCAAUAUAUGUCUGAAUUGAAGCUGGAGUUGGUGAACAGGUUUCAGGAAUCACCGUUCUUCUUGGACAACAUUCAGGUUAGAGACAUAAGACGGUAUACCGAUAAGUACAAUGAAAUACAGCGUGAAAGGCUUGAGCCAGGUGGGUUAGUAUAG